AUGAAGACUUCUGCCACUCUUUUGGCCUUUGUGGCCGCUUCCAAUGCCUCGCCUCUUGGUGUUUCCGUCAAGCGGGAUGCCUUUGAGAGCAAGGAUGCUAUGUGCAAAGGAUGGGAUCUCACAACUCCCGAGGGCGCUGACAAGCUCUGGGAAGACACCUAUGCUGGAGCAUCUCUUGACCUCUUCAUCAAGUCUCAGUGGGAACACGAGAACUCUUGGCUGAAGAACCUCGAAGACUUGGUCUCAGGUGGCACAUCGGGCAAGUCCGGUGCUGCCGGCUGCUCAGCUCUUGGAAACGAGUGCAAGCCGUUGAACGACAUGACCUGUGAUGCCCAAUACGACGCAUACGGCAAGACCCCUAUUGGCAAGAACUCCUACUGGAUCUUCCAGGCCGUCAAGGGCAUGCAUGCCAAGUUCAAUGAGCUGAAUCGCCAGCUCACCAAGGAGACUCUCAUCAGCGGACUGCAGAUUGGUCAGAUGGUGACCGACUUCCAAGGAAACCAGGACGACCCUGGCGAUGUUCUUGGCUGGCUUUCCGCCGCCGCUUCCAUGGGUGGUGCUAUCGGAGGCUUGGUUCCUGGAGCUGGAACCGCCAUUGCUGGUGGCUUCGGCAUGCUCAGCGGCAUCUUCUCCGGACUGGCUGCCUCCAACAGCGCCGACGAGAUCGAUCAAGGCUCAAUUUCGGCCGCCCUGGCUGACGCUUUCAAGCAAGCCACUGGUGCUCUUGAGAACACCCUCCGCAUCGCCACCGGCGGCGGCACCAGCCAGACGGAGUACGACUCGCUUCCCGCCCCCAAAUGGGACACCUUCCAGAGCAAGAUCACAAAGUUCUACAAUGGCGGCUGGUUCCUCGUUGACGACGACGAGCAGGCCGUCACUGUCGCCCUCCAGUCCAUCAGCAACAACAUCAAGCCCAAGGUCGCCAACGAUGUCAUGAGCGCCGCCAAGCUCUACCUCGUCGCUGACAAGCGCGAUGAGGUCAAGUCUCGCGAGACCUGCGGAUAUGCCACAGGACGGCAGUGGAUGGCCCUGCGGGAUGGCGAGGAGUACUGCUUCUACAUCAUGCGCAACAACCCCAACCCGGGCCCUGACAACGACUGGGCCGAGGUUGAGUCCGAUAUCUAUGACAAGAUGGCCUCGUACGGACUCGGCAACCGUGAACCGUACUACCGCGCCAUCAUUGACUGCGCGCUCAACGGUGGAGAUGACAAGGACCAGGUUGACUUGAGCAACUUGGCCUGGGGUAAGGUUCCUACGUGCUACUUCAACCUGCCUGCGAUGUUCAUCGACAAGGAUACCAAGACUGGCUGCGGUAGUCCCUUUGACAACGCGAACUGCGACUACAUCGCUGCCACCCCGAUCUCUUAG